CGACUGAUCGAAAAAGAAAACGGGAGUGGUGAGAAAGGAGGUUUGUUGGCCGCAGGAAUACGCGAAGUAUACACGACACGGAGCUCGCGAAGGUGCACCGACGACGCACAGCGAAAGACAGAGAGGAAAGUGCGCGCGCGAUAUUCUCGCGGUGAAACGAUCGUAUCCCCCGGUGUGUGCACGCGGAGUGUCCGAGCACGGGAGAGCGAGUGCGCGACCACCCGAACUAGAUGUGCGUAAAUGGAAGGUAUAGGGGACAUAGCCGAUCAUCAAUCGCAUAGCGAGCAAUUACUGGACUCGGUCGAUUCCCCGGCGGCGAUUUCUACGCAUGGCCGGGGAACCAGUGGGGGUGGCUCGAAUGGGAACUGCGCAGGUGGAGGAGGGAACGGAGGUGGUGGAGGUAGUAACAGUGGUGGUAGAGGAACGGUGGUCGGUGGGGGUAGGCAUCACCAUCAUCACCACCACCAUCAUCACCACCAUCACCACAAUCAACAGCAACAGCAACAUCAGCAACAUCAUCAACAGCAAGCAACGAUUCAUCUUCAUCCCCAGCAUCAUCAUCAUCAUCAGCAGCAGCAGCAUCAACAGCAUCAACAUCAGCAGCAACAACAUCAGCAUCAGCACGAAGGCAGCGGAGAAGGAACGGGAGGUAGACACAUCCUUGGCGGUGGAAGUGGUAGCAACGGUGGAGGUGGUAACGCAGAGGGUAUGUCGUCUUCCGCGUCGCAAAGUCCCGACAUCGCGUGCGCGAGCUUGCCGCUGGAACUACUGGCGGCUGGCGCGCUCGGCGUCAAGGAGGAGCGAGAGCUCGUCUCCGCGGAGGAUUUGUCGUCGUCCCAGGAGCCAUCGGGAGGCAGCAGCAGCAGUAACGGAGACGCCGGUGGCGGUAGCAGCGGCACGAGUGGUGGUGGUGGUGGCGGCGGCGGUGGCGGUGGCGGUGGCGGUAACAUUGGCGGCGGUGGUGGCGGCGUUGGCGGCGGCGGCGGCGGCGGUAGUAGUGGUGGUGGUGGUAGUGGUGGUAGUGGCGGCGGUGGUGGCGGUGGUAGCAGUGGUGGUAGCAGCAGCAGCAGCAGCAGCAGCAUUAGCAGCAGCAGCAGUGGCGGCAGCGGCGGAGGUGCCGUCGGUGGCGCCGGUGGUGGCAACGGAAACGGCGGCGGCGGUGGCGGUGGCGGUGGUGGCGGCGGUGGCGGUGGUGGAGGUGGUGCCGGUGGUGGUAGUAGACAGAACGCGAGGGAGUCCCUGUCGGUGAUCGUGCCACCUCAGGACGUGGACGUGGACUCGCGCGACGCCGACUCGGAGCUCCUCAGUCCGGGCAAGCUAACGCCGACGUCGGGGAUAAGCGUCUCGGUCGCGAGUAUGAUCGACGCGACGGACUUCAGGGCGAUGCAGCCGGAGCCGACCUAUCAGACACUAACCUCGGUCGCGGAAAGGAUGUCACCGCCUGGCUUCAGUCCGGGUUCAUCUUACGCGACCCUGACGCCGUUACAGCCGUUGCCGCCGAUCUCGACGAUGAGCGACAAGUUUGUAUACAGUGCACACGCGGCUGGCGGCGUUACCGGCAGUUUCGCGGUCAUGCAAAACAACGGCCUCGGUAACAUCGGCCUCGGGAUGGGUAGCUCGCCGUACGCGUACGACAAAUUGCCUUCGAUGAGCAUGUCGCCGCCGCACAAUUAUCCUUCUCCGGGCGCGGGCCUUCAGCCGAGUCCUUUGUCGCCGCAGAGCGCCUACAGUCAGAGCGGAUUGAACUCGCCGCACAAGUCCGCCAGUCCUCACUACGAUCCGGCCUUUUUGCCGAGGUUGCAGCAGAGCCCAGCGGCGUUGAGUCCAGCUUCGCCGCCGACCGUCUCGGCGACGGCCACUUUCGCGCCUUCUCAUCAUUCCCCGCCCACGCAUUCGGUGCCCGCUGCCUCGCCACCACCUAUGCAGGCCCAGCUGCAGCAACAGCAACAACAGCAACAGCAACAGCAGCAGCAGCAGCAGCAGCAGCAGCAGCAGCAACAACAGCAACAGUCGAUGCCGCAACAGACGAUAUCGCACACGCAGCACGUGCAACACACCUCGGUCGUUAUGAAGACCGUUCCGCCACCCGGCAACGGGGCCGGUGAGGUCGAGGAGAUCAACACGAAGGAACUCGCGCAGAGGAUCAGCGCCGAAUUGAAGAGGUACAGCAUACCGCAAGCGAUAUUCGCCCAGAGGGUUCUGUGCCGUAGCCAGGGCACGCUCAGCGAUCUACUGCGCAAUCCGAAGCCGUGGUCGAAGCUCAAGAGCGGCCGCGAGACCUUCCGACGGAUGUGGAAAUGGCUACAGGAGCCAGAGUUUCAGAGAAUGUCAGCCUUGCGGCUAGCAGCCCUGAGCAACUGCUCUGAAAGCGGAGGCGAGCCGGAAGCCAUGCUGGAUAUCCACCACCCAGGAACCGGUCUCGAGUCUCAUCAUCAACAGUUUCACAACUCAUAUGCUGCACAGAUUCCACAACGCGCAGCAUGCAAGAGGAAAGACGAGAUGGCGAACCAGGGAGAACAGCCCGCCCCCAAGAAACCGCGCCUGGUUUUCACAGACCUUCAGCGCCGUACUCUACAGGCUAUUUUUAAAGAGACCAAGAGGCCGUCGAAAGAGAUGCAGGUGACAAUCGCUAGACAACUGGGCCUGGAGCCGACGACGGUCGGGAACUUCUUCAUGAACGCUCGACGCCGCUCCAUGGACAAAUGGAAGGACGAGGACCCGAAGACCGUCGCAGUUGAGGAGGGACAGCUAUCACCUACGAUAGGUAUCGUGCAACGGGAACCAAGCGACGUUUUGUGACAUACGUCCGACCACGAGGAGUACCAGGACGAGUCGCCCGAGGAAGAUCUGUCCUUCUCGUAAGGGCGGCGAUCUCUUAACGCGACGCGACGUUCGCGAUAUCACUCGAGACGCUCGACUGACCUGGAACGUCAGUUUUCAACAAUCUCCGAAUUGUUCGGGCCGCUCGCCUGCUAGAAGACUCGUUUCGACGACGUAGCGGGGACCGUAGGCCCGAUUAGAUGAAUUUUCGGAAGGCGGCCCUUUGUACCGCGCAACCUAGCUAAAUACACACAUGAUUACGUUCGAAGAAUUCGACGAAUUUUCGAACGCGUAGAAUGGAAAAGUAUUUACAUCGCAGAAUUUUGUCAGACACAAUGUGCGUAGAACUGUGGAAUAUUUAAGUCUGAGAGAGAUCGUAGAUCGAGCGAAAAGUAAGGAACAUAGAAUGUAGGCUUUUUGUGAGAAUAAUUAUUCGAUCGAUUUAAUUUGUAGUAAGCGAUCGAUCGUUUGACUCAUUGAGGACUAAGCAGUGAAACAAAGCAGGAAAAUUUCCUGACAUUAUUGAAAAACCUACGUAAAGUAAUUCGUAUAUUUUUUUAUUGACAUACAGGAAAUAUAAUAAAAACGUUACACGGCAUACGAACCAGAGACAUAAAAUCAAUAUCCGUCAUUCAAACGAAACAAUUUUGUUAUAAAGUCAUAAAUAUCUCAAUCUCUUCAAAAUCCACAAAAUUAUUGAAUGUAAGUAGAAGACAUAAUAACGAAGAACACAACCAUAAUUGAAAAAAAAAAAAACAGGAUUUGAUAACAUAAAUUGAUCGAUUGAAAAAGAAAUUUGCAAAUAUUUGCGUUAAUACCACGUUGGUCUUCAAUGGGUUAAACAGAAUACGUAUAAUAGUGAAAUAUUUAGGUUCGAGAAAUUUCAGAAACGAUGAAUAUCGUAAGGAACGUGGAACACAGAGUUUUCGUGAGGAUAAUUAUUCGAUCGAAUCGGUUCGCGAUAAUCGAUCACGUUUAAUGCGUGGUCGAACUUUCGUAAUCUGCCGUCGAGUAGGGCGCAAUAUUUUCAAGCAUUUUAAGAAUAGAGGGGGGAAAAAAGCAAGCAGGUUUGAGAGCUGCUGAGGAAUCGUGCACACUGGCGUCAUUAUCUUAUAGCCAAGCUCCGGGAAGCACGGUCACUGUGAUAAUUUUUUAACGACAAAAACGGGUGGCAGCCUUGUUCGUGAAUAUUGCAGUUCAACCUCGCUACGUCCCGCGAAAUGACGCAUAUUUCCCUCAAUGUUGGAAACAUCGUUUGCAACUUGAUUAAUUUUUCAAAAUUCUAUCGUUGAUCCACGAAACUCUGAUUGUACAUUCAAGAAAGAGAAGAAGGAAAAGAAAAGAGGAAGAAAUUAUUGCAGAAAACCACGUUCCAGGGUGUGAAAUCGAGCAUCGUGGAGUCGCGUCGAAAGAAAUCGUAUGGAUUAUCGAUCUUUAAUGGCGAGAACGUUCUCUCCCUAUUCGUUUCGCUCGAACGAUUUGAUUUUUAUUCGAGAGUCUGAUUCUCCGGGAACUUGGUGCCAUAAUUUGCCAUAUUAGAGUAAGAUAUCUCGAUUCAGAGCAUUUUCUAGUCCACGCGUGUUGGCAUAGUCCUCGACGGAUCAGCCAAUUCUUUUAUCUAGUCAAAAUUGCAAGAAGUGAGCCUCAAGUUCUCCCGAAGAACACGCGUUCGAGGUUGUCAGCCUUCCUCGAGAAUCAGAGCUGAAUUCUGGCGCGUUCAACUCCUCAUACCCUUGUGAAGUUUAUUCCUACCUUAGCGUAUUUAGAUACUCGUUGUUUUUCCAUUGAGGGUUGAACGCGUUGAUCCUUUAUGAAUUAAGAAAUACCUCACGCAGAUCCUGUUAGCAUCUGUUUGAUCAUUUCGAAGAGCAGGGUGCAGGUAAUUCCCCGUGCCAUGUUUCAUACGAGACAAAAGAAAUCGCAAAGGAUUUCGGAGAAAAUGUUCAGAAAAAGUCUAUAAUUUAUAUUUAAAAAGAAGAAGAAACAACCUUUUUAAUGAUCUAGGAAGACUCUCACAACUUUGUACGUCGCUGUUUUAAAGCAUUCUUGCAACGAUAGAGAAGCUAUUCUUUUCGAUCUUCUCACAGACAAGAAGUGAAGCUCCGUAUAACCAAACCUUCUUUCUCAAAGAUUCCUAAAUAUUUUUAUUCUGAAAACAGCGACGUCUGUAACCUCGAAUAGUGUUCGAAAAUGUUUAGAAAAGCGGAGAAUUGAAUAGAAAGGGAGAGAGAGAAUCGUGCGAAGGAUCGAUGAUCAAAAAGGGUGAAUCAGGACUCGUCGUGUCCUCGUUGGUCGCUAAAGGAAUACACAUCGAACCCAUGAAAUUUACCAAAACAAAAAAAAAGGACGCGAAAGAACAGCUUCGUUUCUUAAUACACGCUCACAUUAAUCCACACCUACACACAUACAUAUAUAAACACUAUAACACUGAGACACCGAAACUAAUUUAAUGCGAGAUAAAAAAAAAAAGGAGAAAAAUAAAUGUGGCAUCGUGUCGAGGGUGCACGUGCCAAGUGAUAUAUUCUACGUACGUUAAAUGAACAUUGUAUAUCAGAGUGGACGCUGUUUUGUGCGAAUCGGAGAAGAAGAGGAGUAGACGGGACACGGGAGCUGAUCGUUCAUGAGAACUAGCAGUCUCGAUAUUCGACGACAUGCGAAAUCGCAGGGAUGCGGAUGAAUGUGACGCGCGCGCGCGCGCGCGUGCGUGUGUGAAAUAGAGUGAACUACAAAGACAAGAGAUAAACGAGUAAGAGAGAGAGAGAGAGAAAGAGAGAGGGAGAGAGAGAAUGAGAGAGAAAUUGAAAAAUAGAGAGAGAGAGAGAGAGAGAGAGAGAAACUUUGCGUACCGCACUAGAUAUCGUAUUGCAAUUGUGCUGUGCUAUUGUACAUAGUAGUGAGUGGGAAAGAGCGAGAGAGACUUUCGCGAUUCAGGAAGGCGGUGAUGGAAGAGGAAUGAAGAGGAACCAAGUUCCAGGGCGGAAGAGGCUAGUUUUCGCGUUUUCCGAUUGCACGCCAGCCAUUCCUCUUAUUUUGCGUUUGAUGGAGGUUUGGUUAACUGCGUGUGAUUUUGCUAUGUGAUUUUGUAGGGAUCCAUUGCAAGAAACGUUGCAUCCUUUUUGCUUCCCGAGAUUUUUAAAAUCCUCGAGGCAGUGGGAAGUUGUAUGAAAAUUUAUCUAAUGAUAUUUAAGGGUUGGAAAGGAAAAGGGUAAUAUAUUUAGUACUCUAAUUAAAUCGAGUGUGCAACGAUUCGUUUGCAAAGAUUCCACCGCGUAAUAAACGAUUCUGUACUAGUCUAUACAACUAUUUCUUGAUUAACAGCGUGCGAAUUGUAGCGAAAUUAGAAAAAAAGCGACAUUUUGCCCCACGUUCUUUCGGUUCCUCGUGAUCGACGUUCAAUUUCUUUAGCAUUUCCAUAGAGAAAGCUUCGACCCUGGUCAGCAUGCAACGAAACGAGGAAAAGCGAAUGAUAGAAUGCUAUAGUGAUCUGGAAAUAGGGUUGAUCGUUAAUGAGUCACCGCGUAUGACGGAAAGGCGAGAGUUCUAGAAAACUAAUCGUACCAAAAAGGGAAAAAAUAACACAGAUAAAAUAAGAAGAAACGGAAGCGUGCGCCGCGGCCGUCGAUUAUAAGAUCAUAUAUAGUACAAAGUAAACAUAUAUUAUUGUAAUAACGGUUUAAUUAACUAUAAGGGGAGCGUCGCUGUUUCACAAACCAACUCUGAAGAAUGUUGCGCGAAAUCGUGAUACACGUGGACGAACGUUUGAUUCUCCGGGUUUCGAUCAAGUGCUAUUGUCUUUGAUAGCGUGUGCGCAUCAUCAGGCGUUGAAAGACCAGGAUGAUUGCAAAGGUUACAGUGGAUAGGAGCGUCGAAUUCUCAUGGAAGUUUCCUCGUCCGCCACGAUUUGUCGGACGUGACCACGACACCGCGAUCGAAAUUCUUGAGGUAGAAGAAUGUUGAAAGAGAAGGUAUUCGCGCGAACGAUGCGUCAAAAUUUAUGAAAUAAAACGUGAUUAGAUACUGUUGAAUGUGAGCAGAACUGGAAACGUCGUUCGAGAGACUUGGUUCGAUGCUAAGAAUCCUGAAUUACGAAAAAUAUUGAUUCAACUCAUACAGUAGACAAUAAGAUACUAUUUAUAAAUGCUAAGAAUGAGACAGAAAUUACGUAAACGAUGAGGUUUUACGAAAUUGAAAUUAUGAACCCGAUUAGAUGAAGAAAAACAGAGGCACAUUUGUAACAACUGUUACAACUGUUAACAUGUAUUAAAAAUAAGGAAAAUGUAAAAGCAGAAAUUUUAAGAAAUGGAAAAUUCUGAAAAUUUCAUUUCACACCAGCAAUAGUCGAUUUAAUAGUAAACACAAAAAACAACCAUCUUUGAAAAGAAACCAGAGAUCAAAGGAUUACAGAAGAUCAGGAACCAAUUUUCUAGGCACGAAUUCACAAAGAAUACCUCACAAAGAAACAGCUACCGAUAUCGAUCUUAAAGUGUCAUAAAAUCCAGUAUAAACCCAGUAUUGUGAAGAAAUGAUGUCGCAUCGUUGUGGUGAAGGAACAUUCGCGUAGUUCGAGAACUCGAAAAUGGAGGCGAUGAGGAAAGUAACCGGAAGCGGAGGAGAGGAAAUCGCAAUUGUAAGAUUGUUGUGGCUCACUCGAGGGUGAUAUAUGUAGGAAAAUUUUAGGGAUACGGAUGGGGAUCACGGGAAGGGGGUGAAAGAAGGUGAUAAGGCAACUGUCUGUACGAUAAAUCUGUAAAUACGAGUUUAAUUGCGGUUAUUAAUUAAUUGUGCUCGCGAUUGCUAACGACGAACAUUAUUACUAUUAUUAUUAUUAUUAUUAUCACGAGAAUCAUCAUUGGCAUUACCAUUAUCAUCCUCGUCACUGUCAUUAUUAUUGCUAUUACUAUUAUCAUAAUUAUUAUAAUUAUUUAUAUUACUUUCAUUCCUAUUAUUACUAUUGCGAUUUUUAUCACUGUAACGAGAGACAGAUAUAAUUGAUUAUUAAUAUAAAUGUAUUGUAAACGCAUUCUUUGUUAAACAAGAUGUGUGUGGAAGGGAAAGGGAAAGAGUGAGAAUGAAAGUGAGACUGAGAGGGAUGAGAGAGGGAGGUUUUAAUUAACUUAGAAAGAGAAACUAUUCGACUUUCCGAACGAAGAGAGCUGACGUGUCGUUAAGAAAGAGAAGGAAGAAAGAAAAGACGUCGCGUUUAAAUCAGAAAAGGACUAAAAACAACGGGAAAAUUGAAGAAUAGAGAGUGGGCCAGCGAAGGGGUGGGUUAUCGUAGGAAAAUGGGAUAUCGAUGGGGACACACAAACGCUAAGGUUACAUAGGCGCGAAAUAAAAUGAAGAACAAGAAGUUAAUAAAACAAAUACAGAACCCGCUAAACGUAAAGCAAGAAUAUAGUAUAUAAUUAUAUAUAUACUAUACAUAAAAAUAUAAAUAUAUAUAAAUAUAUAAAUAUAAAUAUGAAUAUAAAUAUAAAUGAAUGAUAUAUUAUAUAUAUAUAAAUAUAUAAAUAUAUAUAUAUAUAUAUAUAUUUAUAUAUAUAUAUAUACAUAUAUAUAAAGAUGCCAUUUUCAGGCAGUCGGGGUUAGUUAGGAUCGGGGUGGGGCGGGGAUGGGCUUCGGGGAGGGAUGUAUAAUUUAAUACAGAGAAAAAGACCCUAGCGAUCAAGGGGGCUCGAUCGUCGAUCGAUCCACUGUUUCGAUCGAUCGACGAUUGUCGUACGCGUUAAGUCGCGACAAGAGCGGGCCGCGGAUCGACACACGGAGGAAGAACACAAAAGGGGGUGAGAAACAAUACGAGCAUGAGACGAAGAUAGAUGUCUAUAAAUCAAUGAUCUAUUUAUGUAACGCGUUCGCGGUGCGUAAUACCUCGUCUCGAAUCGACGAUCGACGGCGGAAACGAGUGGGAAGAAAGAGAAUAAAAGAAAAUGGUGGAAUCACAUGUAAACACCGUAAACUGUAAAAGAAGAGAGAAAACCAAACGAGAUCGCUGAAUAACUAUAAGGCGAACUAUAGGGGGAAGAAUUACUUCGACGAGCAUUAGCAACCCUUCGAACGAACGAAAGGUUUAGGGAGCGAUGAAACGGAACAGGAGGCGGCGCGCAUGAAGCUCGAGAUGUAGGCGAAUGAACAUAUUAUAUAUAAAUAUAAAUAUAUAAAUAUAUAAAUAUAUAUAUUAAAAGGCAGAAAUAAUAAUAACGAUAAAGAAGGGAAUAAGAAAAAGAAAAUGACAACCGUAGUGACUAAGAGAAUCUAUUUCGGGUCCGUGUGUGUAUACGCGUUUUUUUAUAUUGCAACGACGCAAGUCGGGCGCGCGAGUUUUAAAUCGAUAGAAAAGAAAGGACGAAAGGGGAAAGAAAGAGGAGUACGGAGGGAAGUUAGAUGAAGAUGGAGGAGGGUGAAAGAAUAGAACGAGCGUAGCCGUAAAAAGUUAGUCCUUGGACGGGGGUGGAAUUGUUUUGGGGAUUGACGUUGGACAAAUGUUAAGUAAUAUAUUAUAUUAUUAUAUAGUACGCGUCAAGAUGACGAAUGGUUCAGGGAGGGGGCUGGUUUUUGCUCUUUACUCGACUAGUAUUCGCUCCAUCGAACGAGACUCCCUUUUUUCCUAGAAUAAUUUUUCUCGUUACGUUCACUUGUGUUUAUCGUUAUUUCGAAAUUUUUUAAACACUGUUUUCCAUGACUCUAUUUUAUUAUUAUUUAUUAUUAUUUAGAUAUUACUUUAUGUACAACAUAGUUUAUCACUGAUCGAUUAUUUUAUAAAAAUUCAAACUAUAAUACUUUAUCGUUACGGUAUCAAUGAAAAUAUAAUCUGCUUCAAUUAAUUUCAUAAUCGUUUCAGUCUUCAUAUAAUACAUAUCCUGCAGAUUAGAACGAUGUCAAUUGACGUACUAUUUAAUUAUCGUAAACGACGCUAUACUAUAAAUAUCGACAAAAUCUAAGAAAAAGAAAUCUCCUGAUCGCGUUAAAAGAAUAUCGAUUCAGAGUAAUAUUAACAAUUAGUCGAUCGUAUUAAUCAUCGCGAUAAGACAUCUUAUCUCUAAUCUCCAUGAGCCAAUUAUAGUAUGAGUAGCGAGCAAACCGGAGAGCAGAAACGUAAAAUCUAGUGAUGAAGUCCGAGGACCUGUGGCCGCGUUUCAAAACCGUUCAUGAACUAUUUAUCUGUUGAUUGGAGCUGAGAAUCCUGAGCGAAUGGUCGGGGAUAAGACACAUAACCAUCAUUAAAAGCGAAGAAAAAAAAAAAGAAGUCUAGAAAAGAAGGUAUGAAUGGGAUAAAGAGAACAGGUGAACGGUUCGUACGACAAUAAGGUAUCGAUUAGUUAAUCAGAGAUGAAAUAAUGUAAAAUACAAGUGCAAAAGCAAGUAUACAUUAUUAUAUUUAUUAUAAUACAAGGGUUCAUCGUGUCGGUAUCCAGGUUAGGGAGUGGGACAGGGGUUUGAUUCGAGAAUUCGAGAAGCAGGGAAUAUCUUCGAAAUCGUAGAACGAACGUAUUCUCUUUUUCAGUGGAAAAUUGAAAGGGAAAGUUUGAAAGGACAGAAGGAAAAGAGAGAGACAAGGGAAGAAUGACGCGACGGAGGAGGGGAUUUUCACGGGGCGAGGCUCCUUUUUAGAGUUUUUAAACGCGAAAAUGCGCUGCGCUGUGAGAAAACGUAUCGCUACGUACGGUCGCGAAACGUUUGUUGUGGAGGGAAAAGAGUAGCGACCAGACGCGGAGCUGCACGAUUAGUGAAAUGAUCGAUGGGAAAGUGGAAAGAUAAGGAAAAGAAGAAAUGGAAGAGACGAAAGGUGUGUAGAAAGUAGCUGGAACGAGGGGAUCGAGGGGUUAUCGACUUCGAUCCCUCGCUUUAGCGGCGUCCUUUCCUUUUUUCUCGCUGACGAAAGGACGACCGGCUGGAUCGAUGACCGCGGAUCGAUUUCGAUCGCCGCGUGAACAUACCAAAGGAUCGUAGAUUUUACGCGAGUAAAGAUGAAAAAAAAACAUUAUUUAUUGUUUACACUUAUGUAUUCAUUAGUGAAUGACACACAGACACACGUACACACGAAUACACGAAUAUAGGAUGAAUGGAGAGUGAAUGCGAGAGUGAGGCAUACGCAGAGCGUGGUUCAUGAACCUGAUCGAGAACAGCGGUGUGUCGUUGAUUUUGCAAAAAAAUUUUCGAAAUAACGGAAACGAAUGUGUGAAUAAAUGUGAGAGACAAAGAGAAAGAGAGGAAGAGAGAGAGAGAGAGAGUGUGUGUGCGUGUGUGCUCGGUGUUUGGAAAAAAUCAGGUAUCCGUGUACUUUGUAAAUAACGAUUGUGUUAAUUCGUGAUCACGUUAGUGGUCACAGAGAGAAUGCCACACAAACCGUACGUAUGUGGUGAUCGUCGCAAAGUUUUUACUCGCAAAUUCCAAAUAAUCUUUUAUCUCAUGAUUACUUGCCCACGAGAAAACAUUACCUUUGAACACAGCGACCACGAAUCGAUAUUUGUACAUAAUUGCACCUUUCUUCCUUUCUUUUCUUCUUUUGCCAAAAAGCACGCUACUCGUGCCGAUGAAACUACGGCGCAAAUAUCGAAGGCGUUAACGAACAUCGGCCGGAGAAGGAACUUCUAACUCACAACAUUUCUGAACCAUCGUGUCUCCCCUUAUAUAUUUGCACUCUUGAAAUAGCUUCUUUGAGGACGUUUCGAAUACAGUUCCUAUGCAGUUUACAGUAUGGUAAAGCGACUUAGAGACUCGGUUGGCCGUUGUCUACGAUUAAACAUGAUUCCAAGUCGAAUUUUGAUCCUUCUUUCUCCGGCUGUACGGAGAUAUAAGUAUUUAGAUCUAAGUGACAUAUCCACAGCGUGUAGUGUACUUGUAUAUGAAUACCGAAAUAAAUAUUUUCAAUGUUUUUGACAAUA